AUGGUCGGGUCAUCUCAGCACCGUGCCUUCAUCGCUUUGGGCAGUAACAUGGGCGACCGGAUUGCCGUGUUAGAGCAAGCAUGCAGGGAAAUGGAGGCCAAAGGGAUCAAGAUCAUCAGGACGAGCUCGCUUUUUGAGACGGCUCCCAUGUACGUGACGAAUCAGGACCCUUUCGUCAAUGGGGUUUGUGAAGUGGAAACGAGUAUGCGUCCGAUGGAAUUGCUCGACACACUCCAAUCAAUAGAAACCGCCCUGGGAAGGAAAAAGACUGUGGACAAGGGUCCUCGGAUAAUAGAUUUGGACAUUCUUUUGUUUGACGAUGAGAUUGUUGCCAAUGAACGUUUGAAUAUUCCACAUAAACUCAUGCUUGAACGUGAGUUUGUUCUGCGACCACUUUGCCAAUUGAUUCCUGGGGAAAUGCCGCCAGCGACUAAAGGUUCAAGUUGCUACCAGACACAUUUAAACUCACUGCCACCUUCCGAUCCUGCACCUCUGGCAAUAACACCACUUCGCACGCAGGCGGCUCCUCUAUCCCCUUCGAACCCCAAACGUAGGACACACAUAAUGGCCAUACUGAACGUGACACCAGACUCGUUCUCAGAUGGUGGAAUACACACAGCAUACAACGCCGCAACCUUUACUCAAACUAUACGCAAUUUCAUCACCAAUGGCGCCACUAUAAUCGAUAUCGGCGGAGAAAGCACUCGCCCUAAUUCCGAUCCAGCUACUGAAGGUGACGAGCUCUCUCGAGUCAUCCCCGCCAUCCAACUCAUCCGCUCUCUACCCGAGUCCAGCCAGAUCUCCAUUAGUAUCGACACUUACCGCGCCCGGGUCGCCGAAGCUGCCGUUGCCGCAGGAGCAGAUAUCAUCAAUGAUAUCUCCGCCGGCCUCAUGGACCCUGCCAUGCUCCCCACCAUGGCUCGCCUGGGGAAAACGGUGAUCCUCUCCCACAUGCGCGGCACCCCCAAAACCAUGACCAAACUCACAGAUUACCCAUCCGGCGUCAUCCACGGCGUCGGCACCGAACUUGCAGAGCGCAUUGCUGCUGCAGAAAGCGCCGGGGUGCGCCGCUGGCGCAUCAUCGCCGAUCCGGGCGUAGGAUUUGCAAAGAAUCAAGAGCAGAACCUCACGCUUCUACGGAACAUGGACCAUCUGCGCGAGUUUCCGAGGUGCAGUUACUUGCCCUGGUUGGUGGGCGCGAGUCGCAAAGGAUUUGUUGGGCGGAUCACAGGCGUCAAGGAGGCGAGUGAGCGGGCGUGGGGCACUGGGGCUGCAGUCACGGCGGCGAUUGGUGGUGGUGCGGAUAUUGUGCGGGUGCACGAUGUUAAGGAGAUGAGUCAGGUUGCGAAGAUGGCGGAUGCAAUUUACCGGCAAGGAUUUGAUGCUUAA